GUUGCACGUCGAGUCGCAUAACGUACACACAUUAAACCUCUUCCCUCUCGAAAAAAAAAACCUUUUUAAAUUUCUUGUCCAUCAUAACUAAAUCAAAGAUCACCACGAAAUGCCUAUGCCAGCUGGAGGUGGUUAUCAACAAGGUCAACAGCAAAGCUGUUUUGACAAAAUGAAAGUUGGUUUUAUUAUGGGCUUCAGCAUUGGCAUGGCUACUGGAGCUUUAUUUGGUGGUUUUGGAGCUUUAAGACAAGGAAUGAGAGGAAGAGAGCUGAUCAAUACAGUUGGCAAGAUUAUGGUCCAAGGUGGUGGAACUUUUGGCACAUUUAUGGCUAUUGGAACUGGAAUAAGAUGCUGAAAUUCUAACACUCUGCAAAAAUAUUCUAGUGGCUUUAGAACAACCAAUACAUUUGUAAUGAAAUUGA